GAGAGUCUCAUAAGUGAACACCACCCCAUCCCCACCUCCAUCUCUCCCAAACCCACUACACCUCUCUCUCUCUCUCUCUCUCUCUCUGCAACAAACAAACCAAAACAUCAGUCUUCCCCAACAUUGGACCCCUCUGUUAUUUGCUUUCAGUCACCAUAAAUUCAAACACCACCUGUUCUUCCCUUCUGCUCUUCAUCUUCAUUUACUUUCCCCUUUGUUAAUUCCUGUUUCACUUUUCAUUUUCGGGGUGUUUUUUCUUUCUCUCUAGCCUUGUCGGAAUCAUAGGUUUCCGUGGAGGAUCAACAACAUUCCCCUGUUUUUCUACUUCCCUAAUUGAAGUUAUUGGAACAAAAUUGAUGUGGAAAAUCCUUCCGUUUUCCUUAUCAUAAACCCAAACAUAAAAAUCACAUUAGAUUUCCCUACAAAGCACAAGUUAUCGCUGUAAAUCCUGUGAUCCCAGUGAUCUCGUUUGUUCUUCAGUCUAGUUUCACCCUUUAUUCUUCAAUCGAAAUCAUCAAUGCAAUCGACAAACCUUGAAUGUUUCCUGGACUGUACAACACCUGUUGUACCCUCUCAAUUCCUGUCCAAGAGUGAGGUUUCAAAGCUUAAUCGGCUAUGGCAUCCAUGGGAGAGAGAAAAAGUCGAGUUCUUCACGUUGGGUGAUCUUUGGAAUAGUUUUGAUGAAUGGAGUGCUUACGGCGCCGGAGUUCCGAUCAAAGUCGACGCCGGAGAAGAUGAAACAAUCAUACAGUAUUACGUGCCGUACUUAUCCGCUAUUCAAAUCUUUACAAGCAAUUCAGCCUUGAACUAUCUAAGGGAAGAGACGGAUUCAGAAACAAGAGACUCAUUUAGCGAUUCAUUUAGUGAUGAGAGCGAGAGCGAAAAGUUGUCUAGGUGGGAUGGAUGCUCAUCUGAGGAAGGUGUAUUCGAGCAUGAAAAUACAUUGCCUUUUAAUGAUCGAUUGGGUAAUCUUUACUUUCAAUACUUUGAAAGAUCAACUCCUUAUGGAAGAGUUCCUCUCUUGGACAAGAUUUCUAUGUUAUCUCAAAAAUACCCCGGAUUGAUGUCGUUGAGAAGCGUCGAUCUUUCACCAGCUAGUUGGAUGGCAGUCGCAUGGUACCCAAUAUAUCACAUUCCAAUGGGGAGGACCAUAAAGGACUUGUCCACAUGUUUCCUCACUUACCACACCCUUUCAUCAUCAUUUCAAGAUACAGACAACGAAGAUCAUGAUGGAUUCUCGAAAAAGAAGAGAGAAGUAGGGGAAGGAAUCCAUGUUCCUCCUUUUGGACUAGCCACUUACAAGAUGCAAGGGGACUUGUGGACUUCGGGUAAGAAUGGAAAUGAUCAUGAAAAGCUUGUGUCACUUUUGAACGUAGCGGGUUGUUGGCUAAAGCAGUUAAAUGUACAACACCAUGAUUUUAACUACUUCAUGGGGUAUCGACAUGGUUGAUGAGGACCAAGUAAAUAUGAUAUGAUCUUUUUCAAAGAUUCGUGUGAACCCCACUAGAGAAAGAGAUGAGUUAGCAAGUCUUAAUUUGUCUUUUGUUUUCGGUCGUUUUGGUUUUAUUUAGUAUUUAGAGAGGAGUAGAGAAUGGAGUGUUACUUUUUUGCUUUCUGUUCCUUUAGUGUAAAAGUAGAUGUUUAAAAACUUGUGGAGUUGUGGGAUUUUGUAUAUAUUAGAUAAGGAUUCUAAUGGAUGUGCUAAAA